GGCCGCAGCCGGGGGCGGCUAAGCAUGUUGCCAUAGCGACCAUUUUGCGUUAACUGGUUCGUAGCUUUCUUCCAAGUGGCAGGGCGAGUGCGGGGACAAUUCCUCUUUCACUCCUUGUUGGCUCCCUGCGGCCGAAAGGCCUUAGCAGGUUCCCGGGGACUGGCCUAGGAGCGGGAUGGCUGCGGAAGAAGAGGACGAGGUGGAGUGGGUGGUGGAGAGCAUCGCGGGGUUUCUGCGAGGCCCGGACUGGACCACCCCCAUCUUGGACUUUGUGGAGCACAAAUGUGAAGUUUUUGAUGAUGAAGAAGAAAGCAAAUUGACCUAUACAGAGAUUCAUCAGGAAUACAAAGAACUAGUUGAAAAGCUGUUAGAAAGUUACCUCAAAGAAAUUGGAAUUAGUGAAGAUCAAUUUCAAGAAGCAUGCACUUCUCCUCUUGCAAAGACCCAUACAUCACAGGCCAUUUUGCAACCCGUGUUGGCAGCAGCAGAUUUUACUAUCUUUAAAGCAAUGAUGGUCCAGAAAAACAUUGAAAUGCAGCUUCAAGCCAUUCGAAUAAUUCAAGAGAGAAAUGGUGUAUUACCUGACUGCUUAACAGACGGUUCUGAUGUGGUCAGUGACCUUGAACAGGAAGAGAUGAAAAUCCUGAGGGAGGUUCUUAGAAAAUCUAAAGAGGAAUAUGACCAGGAAGAAGAAAGGAAGAGAAAAAAUCAGUUAUCAGAGGCUAAAACAGAAGAGCCCCCACUGAAUACUAGUGAAGCUGCAAAAAUGAGUAAUUCCCAAGGGGAUGGUGAACAUUUUGCACACCCACCCUCAGAAAUUAAAGUGCAUUUUGGUAAUCAGUCAGUACAACCGUUGGCAAGAAAUGUGGAAAUGCUGCCCGAAACUUCCUCCCUCCCACAAAAAGGCUUGAAGAUUCGUGGCUUAGAACACGCAAGCAGUGAAGGACCAAUAGCGAAUUUCUCAGCACUUGGAACAGAAGAACUCCGGCAACGAGAACACUAUCUGAAGCAGAAGAGAGAUAAGUUGAUGUCCAUGAGAAAGGAUUUAAGGACUAAGCAGAUACAAAGUAUGGAGGAAAAAGGAAAACCUACUGGGGAGGUAGAGGAAAUGACAGAGAAACCAGAAAUGACAGCAGAGGAGAAGCAAACAUUACUGAAGAGGAAAUUGCUUGCUGAGAAACUUAAAGAAGAAGUUAUUAAUAAGUAGUAAUUUUAAAGACCAAUUUAGCAAAACAGAAGUUCAAAUUUUCUUAAAAAUAAAUUAUUUAAUCCUUAAACCGAGCCUGUUAGUUUCAAACAAAUACUUUUGAAAAUGAAAAUAUAAACUUACUGUUAUUUUAAACAUGUGAGGUAAAGGGUGGUAGGGAAAUCAGCUACUUAUACUGAGCAGCUUAAUACAGAUUUCUGGAUGAUGUUUUUCUUGGAGAGAGGGUAUAGAAACUAGUUGGUAGUGCAUUCAUUUGUUCAAACUUGGUUAUCCUGCUGUUUGCGCCAGGCAUUGUGCUAAGGAUACAGUAGUCACCUUGGUUGACAGGGUUGCUGUCUUCAUGGGGCUAGUGAAGAAGGCCCAAAGAGCAAUGUGUUAGAAAGGAAAAGUGCAGAGUGCCUAUAGCUGCCUGAGCCUCCUUGAGAAAGUGAUGUUUAAGCUGAUCGGAGGGUAACUGCACAGAGAAGUGUCAGCAUAUGACACUGAGAUAAGUGGAGUACUGAUUGAUUGUGCAGGGCCUUAUAGGGAAUGUGAGAAUUUAAAAUUUUAAAAUACAGGCAGUAGGAAGUCAUUGAAAAGUUCUAAAGUUUUUUACGACUGAAAUUUUAAUUUUUAUUGCUGUAGAGAGACUAGUGGUGGGCUAGAGUAGUUGUGAGUGUACCAGGUAUGAGGCAGUCCAAUCAGAAGUAGUUAUCUUGGGCAAUGGUAAGAUGGAUUUUACAUUUAACACUUAUAUUUACAUUUGAGGCAGGAGCAAACAGGAUUUGGAAGAUAAAUGUGGGGGAUGUUAAAAAUAAUUACCCACUCUUUGUAUAAAAGCUAUUAUUAAAACAGAUGAAGGAAACAAAUGACUGAGCC